CGCCUUUAAUCGGCUGGGCACUCUGACACGUAAAAUAGGAAAAAAAAAAAUAAAAGUUGGCAAAGAAGAACUUUGAUGAAACGCAUACUGUGUUAAAUCAAUAAAAACGACAAUAAAACUGCUGAGGCCUUGGCUGUGGCUGCUCUGCUUGGUGCUGUGCGUGUGCAACAGCAGCGAUAAGGACGGGUAUUUCCUGAUUACAGAAAACUUCAAUUUGGGCAAGCCACCGCCCCCGGAAAUCAUGGAGAGCAGGGAGGCCAACGAAGUGUACGAUGACAUGAACCUGUACAUCACCCCCGAGAGCUUUAUCGUAGAGCCCAAUGGCGGGGAGGAGGUUCUAGUGAUUGGGCGCCACGACAAGGUCACCAGAGUCCAGCCAGCAAGCGGAGGGCAGUUGGCGAACCAGCGGCCCACGCGUCGGAUCUGCGGAGUGCUGGGCACCAUACAUUUGCUGAGCUGCGACUACCUGAUGGUGGCCACGCAUCGCAUCUUUGUGGGAGUCCUCAACGGUUCGAUUGUGUGGCGGCUGGCCGGCUAUGACAUCAUUCCCUACAUUCCCAACGCCUUCCAGCGCAAGGAGAACGAGACGUACCUUCGCCUGCUGCGCCAGAUGCUGGACUGCAAGUACUUCUACUUCUCCUACCGCUACGACCUCACCCACUCGCUGCAACGUCAGCGGGAGCUGGUCACCGCCAAUCCGAAGCAGAGGCAAGGCCUGCUGCAAAGGGCCGAUCAGCGCUUCGUGUGGAACGGUCAUGUGCUGCGGCAGUUCAACUGCGACAAUAUGGAGAGGUUCCAGCUCCCGCUGCUCCUGGGCUUUGUGUCCAUCAACCAGGUGCAGAUCAACGGACAGACCUUCUUCUGGAGCAUUGUGACUAGGCGAUCGGUGGAGCGGGCCGGCACCCGACUCUUCUGUCGCGGCAGCAACGAGAACGGCCAGGUUGCCAACUUCGUGGAGACGGAGCAGAUAGUGGAAUUCAACGGACAGCUUACUAGUUUCGUGCAGACGCGAGGCAGCAUGCCCUUUCACUGGCACCAGCUGCCCAAUCUGCGCUACAAGCCGCGACCGCGACUGGUGCCGGGCAAGGAUCAUCUGGCUGCCUGCAGUCUGCAUUUCAACGAUCAACUCCGUCUGUACGGCAACAAUGUGGCCAUUAAUCUGGUGGACCAGAAGGGCGCCGAGGGGGAGCUGGAGGCCACGUAUGCCCGACUCAUCCGUGAACUUGGCGACAAGCGAGUGCGCUACGAGGCCUUUGACUUUCAUCACGAGUGCCGGAAGAUGCGCUGGGAGAGGCUAAACAUACUCAUCGAUCGCCUGGCCUAUGAGCAGAAUCAAUUCGGUUUCUAUCACGUCUUCGACGACGGCAAGCUGGUGUCCACGCAGACGGGAGUCUUCCGGACGAAUUGCAUCGACUGUCUGGACAGGACGAAUGUAGUGCAGAGCAUGCUGGCCCGGCGAUCCCUUACGGCCGUCCUGCAGAAGCUGGGCGUGUUGCAUGUCGGCCAGCUAGUGGAGAACGCUGCCGGGAGCUUCGAGAGUCGUUUCAAGGGUGUGUGGGCCGAUAAUGCGGAUCUAAUUUCGCUGCAAUACUCCGGAACGGGAGCGCUCAAGACGGACUUCACGCGGACGGGCAAGCGGACGAAGGCCGGGGCUAUGAAGGAUGGUAAGAACUCGCUGAUGCGCUACUAUCUGAACAACUUUGCCGAUGGACAGCGGCAGGAUGCCAUGGAUCUGUUCCUCGGAAGGUAUAUUAUCAACGAUAAUGAGGGCGGCGCAGUGCCAUCGCCUUUGGAAUCGAAACGCGGCUGGCGGUUCUUCACCUUCCCCUCGGUGCUUCUGAUGGCGGUGGCCAUGUUUAUGAUCACCAUGACUUAUCCGGCAGAGUUCAAUACGGAAAAUCUGCUCUUUAUGCUCUUCUGGGGAGCCAUGAUUGCCGUGAGCGCCACCGGAAUCCUGCACUAUGGCGUUGAGUUUGUGCAGUGGCCGCGGCUUUUUCCGCCCAUCUCCUUUCAGGCCCCAUGACGUUAGUGUCGUUUAGAUCAAAGGAUAAGAAGGAGUCCCAGAGGAGGAUGUACCUCUCAGGAUCACAGUGCUUCAUAAAAGAAUAUAUCCUGUAAUGCUAUUUCUGUAAACGAUUUGAAUCCCUCUCAAGUUCAAUGGUCCCUGCCAUCUGUUUUGUUUUGUAUUCCUGUUCUUGUUUAGUUUGUAACUCCGCCGAGUCCAUUCCUGUUGUUGGCUACACGUCUUGGUUACUAUCAUGGGCGAGCUUUUUUUUCGGGGGGGCUUUGGUUUCUCAAAGCAGCGCCGCCGCUUAUUAACUGCGAUUAAUUGCGAAGUAGAUCAAUCACUUUUGUAGAAACAUUUAUGACAUUAAUAAAGUAUUUUAUGCAUUGCUAGAAAACCUCAA